AUGAAUGAAGACGUAAUUGGAAACACUUGCUCAGAUAAGGCAAAUGAAGCUGUCACUUCUCUUACUGGAGCACAAGAGGGAGAUUUGAAAGAAGAAAAUCUCCAAGAUUCGAAAAAUGUAGAAUCAGACCAGCAGAUGGUGGACGUUUUGAAUGACAUUGAUCCAGGCAUCGCUAGACUGAGAUUUUUACAGCUCAUUAGCAGGCUAAAGGGCAAAGAGGCUGUUUUGCAAAUGCAUGAAAAAACAAAAGUCAAAGGGAUAUUUGAAGCAAUUGACAUAGAAGGCAAUACUAUCGCUGUCAAAUCUUUGGAAACACCUAUUGGGAAACAGCAUGCUGCUCUUAUACGAGUAACUGAUGUUGUAUCUAUGUCGAUCGAGGCUUGA